AUGGAGUGGCUAGGUCGAGCCAAGAUCAACUUCACGCACUCGCCGGCACCUUUGUCGCUGAAGGAGAAGGAUGGCUCCAAGACUGAUAUACUCAAGGUCUGCGAAAAGGUCAUACCGCCAUGCCAGAUGAACCCGCUUCUGUUCAAUGGCCACGUGCAGACGAUGUGGACGGCGACCAAGCAACACGGCCCCCCUAUCUACUACAAGCGCCAUGUGUUUGACGCCGACUCCAAGGCUGUUGAGGGUACAUUUGCGGUUGACUUUGUGACGAAGCCUUUCGAGGAGACGGACGAGACUCUCCCGCCCCGAACGGUUUACUUCAAGGACGAUGAGCUCGCGGCGCUGCCUUCAGACGACGAGAGACCGCAGCUGGUCGUGCUUCACGGUCUUUCUGGUGGAUCUCAUGAGAUCUACCUGCGACACGCGAUUGCACCGCUUGUCGAGUCUGGAGAAUGGGACAUCUGCGUUGUCAACUCGCGAGGUUGCGCUAAGAGCAAGUUCACCAGCGGCACGUUGUACAACGCAAGGGCAACUUGGGAUUUCAGACAGACGGUCAAGUGGCUGAGAGAAAAGUUCCCCAACCGGCCCCUGUUUGGUCUGGGCUUCUCCCUUGGCGCAAACAUGUUGACAAACUACUGCGGUGAGGAGGGUACCAACUGUCUGUUGACGGCUGCUAUCGUUUGCUCCAACCCCUUCAACUUGGAGGUCGCCAACAAGGCACUGAAGAGAACACUCAUUGGAAGGGAGGUUUACCAGAGAGUUAUGGGCCAGAGCAUGAAGCAACUCAUCAACGGCCACAGAGAGGCGAUGGAAAAGUACACCAAGCUAGAUCUCGAGCGUCUCAACAACGUGACGUACCUCGAUGAAUUCGACAGAGAAGUCCAGUGCAUCAGCUGGGGCUACCCAACGGAGUCAGCAUACUACAGAGACGCCUCGUCUUGCGAUGCCGUCUUGGCCAUCAGGGUUCCCUUCCUCGCUCUUCACGCCAAGGAUGAUCCGAUUGCAGUGGAAGAGGCCAUUCCUUACGAAGAGUUCCAAAAGAACCCCUACACGGUUCUGUGCACGACCUCUCUCGGCGGCCACCUUUGCUGGUUUGAGCCGGGUGGUGGAAGAUGGCACGCCAAGCCGGUCAAAAACUUCUUCAACCACAUGGCUUUCAACGUGGAUCAUAACGCAUUACCUCCCAAGACGAACGGAAUUCCCGUCACCAAUGGCAGCGCAGAGUACCACUUUGAUGCGGCAAAACAUAGAAUGGAGAUCAAGGUCCGGGAGUAG